CGCUCCCUGGCGCGCGCCUGGGCGUAUCCGUAAGGCAGGAAGGGAAAGCCCUUAUUGGCUAAAAAUGCUCUUUGGGUCUUCCCUGCAGCCAGCGUUAGCCAGGCGAAAGGAUAAAAGCCAGUGGACGCAGGUCACUGGAUACCGUGGUAGGAAUCCAACAGCAGGGGCUUGAGCUUGUCUGCUGCUGCAUCCUUUUUCGUUGCUGCCAUCAGUGGUGAACUCAUGAUGGUCUGUAUGCGGUUGGUUGUCGUGGCAAUGUGUUGGGCAGUGGUGGGGGCUGAUCCUCACUGCGACUUGACCAACAUCUCCAUUUCCAUGGGGAUCGAGGAGUGUGGAAAUUGCAUCACCAUCAACACAACCUCCUGCACUGGCUGGUGCUUCAGCGAGUAUCCUAUGCACCGGAACUCCAUGUCUCCAUAUUUUCAGCAUACCUGCAACUUCAAGGAGGUCACCUAUGAGUCAGUCACCUUGCCAGACUGCCCAGAAGGAGUGGACCCCAACUUCACAUACCCAGUGGCCCUCAGCUGCGAGUGCAACCAGUGCAAUACAGACACCACAGAAUGCGGAAAAGUCAACGUGGUUUCAGGAUGUCUGAGGCACUAG